CGAUUUGCUAUAAUGGUAGUGGCGAAAGCGAAUCCAAACACCGCACCGAGCGGUGUCCGUAGGGCACAGCGGGUGUACACCGGAAAAGGACGAAACGGUCUAGGACCUUAUUUACCCACAGCUUCAUCGAGCGGCAUGCGCUUGCGUUUCCGGCAGUGUUCUUCGACCGUACGAAGGAAGCGGAUCGGUAGAAAAACCCGUCCCCACGAACGAACGCCCAACCUGCAGCAUUUUCUCUGCGAGCACCACCGGCAGAACCGUGUGCGUUAAUGCCGUGCGACCCUGCGGCUGCUAGAACAGUAGUGCUAGAGUGUACCAAUCCUGGCAUACUCCAGGCACCGAGAGGUUGUGCUAAACACAUUCGACAUGUCUCGCGGUCAGGUUCAGGUGUAGUUUCAGUGUAAUCUUAAAACUGCUGAACUUCAUGAAGAAAGAAGCAAACAGGACAAGCAAAAGUUGUGCAAGAACAGUUUACGGCGUAGUGUGCUGCCGUCUCUUUCGUGGGGAGCCAAAUUGCGUCGCACGGUUAAAAGUGUUUGGCAUAUUCCUGUUCGGCUAUCGCGCACUGUAAGGUUCGAUUUUGGGGCAUUCAGUUUCAUACAGCCGGCCGUCAGCCUUGAAUGUAAAGCGGGGAGAACCAUCGAAAACCUCCGCAAAAAAAAAGAUAUGCAAACUGCUACGAUUGGACGCCAUCUUGGAAUUGUGUGUGAUGCGGUGUGGACCGUUUAGUACAAUGUAGCUGAUUACGAACAUCUUUGUAACGAAAAAACAAAACUAUUGAAAAUUGGUGAUUAAGGAAUCGAUAAAGGAUACUGCUCAGUGUCGUGCUUCUGUUCCAUUUACCACAAAAUUCGCGUACUGUUCAACUUCCGCUUUUGUGUGCGGAAUUCUAUACAGCGGUGUUUUGAAAUAGUGCUAAUUUCUAGAAUAACGCUCCUAACGUGUUGUUCUGAGAUUAGAGAUACAACUUCCGAACUGCUGUACGAUGCAGCGUUCGAGCUCACUGUAUGUGGCUCCCAACUGUGGAGGGUCGUCCGUAACGAUUCCUCCACUGCUAACCACACUCAGCAGUAGCCCGGACCAUCACCAGCAGCAGCAACAACAGCACCAACAUUACAGCGUCGUCACACCGAUCGAUACGAUUACACUGGAAGCCAAUCUCAACAGUCCCACGUCUGGACGAGGUUCGCUUAAGCGUAAACUUCCCAUCUCCGAGCUGGAGGAUCACUUCCCCGUCUCGGUAACGGUGGCACCGUACACUACCCUGCCAGAUACCGUCAGCAAUGGACCGCUGGUGACGAAACAGCGUAAGGAUGUCGACACCAGCGGUGGUAUCGGUGUGGAGCUGCAUGAAUUCCCCGCUUUCGGGCAAGCCUUCCAGGGUGUGUCCGGCAUUGGGCAGUUCUACGUGAUUGGACCGAACGAUACGAACAACAACAGUCCAGCAAAUCCGUUGGGUGAUGCGCAUGACCAGCAUCACCACCAGCUAGCAACGUACAUCUACGACGUACCGGGUGGGAUUGAAACCUGUGCAGAAGGCACGGAGGUCAUACCGAUCAGUGAGCAUCACCUAACCUCGGCCGUACUCGCACCGGUUGUUAGCGAUGUGGUACACCAUACGAACGGUAUCGUUCUGACCGAUAUAAGCUCCUCCACCUGGACCAGUACGGCCGAGCUGCUCGAUCUGGACCGUAAAGGGUCGUCUGUCUCGACCAACGUGCAUCACCAUCGCUACUCCAUUGUGAAUACCGAGCAUCAUCAGCAGCAACAGCAGCUACAGCAGCAGCAACAACAACAUCAACAGAACAGCCAUCAACAACAUCACCAGCAUCAUCAUCAUCAGCAACAGCAGCAACAUCCGCAUCUUACCUCACACCAUCACCAUCAGCAGCAGCAUCACCAUCAUCAGCAACAUCAUCACCACCACCAGCCAUUGCUUCAUGCACAGCACGGCGGUAUCGCGCCGAUGCAUACACACCAUCAACCUCAGCAACAAUCGACAACCUCCCCGUCGUCGCCCCGACCUCCACCACCGCCUCCUCCUCCACCACCUCCACCUCCACCACCACCACCACUACCAGCGCCAAACACAUCCUCCGCCAAUGCCGAACAUCUGCACAGCCAUCGCAACAAUCAAGAAGCGAAUCAACAGCAGCAGUACAGCGGUGCUGGUGGUGGUGACAACAGUACCCCGUACGAUGGCACCAACAAUCAGAGUUCGACCAGCAACUGGUCGAAUUCGGGCGAACCGUGUCGUUCCGCCGACGGCAACAGUCCACGCCAUAACGAAACGACAUCGACGACCCCGUCCAAUGCUGGACUAGCGCUCACAAACGGUAUGAAGACUCCCGAACGCUUAGCAUCGCAAACACCCGACACUCCAGAAGACUGCAAGAAUCUGUCAUGGUUGCUAAACUUCAAGCUCGAUGACAUCCCGAACCUUUCGCCACGCUCCAAUCGGAAGCAGCGCUCAAAAGCGUUUGCCGCUGGUGCUGGUGUGGGUACUAACCAGGAUGGUGCUGGUGCCGGUGGGAGCAGCAGUAUCGGCGGUGAAUCCGGCACAGUCGCCAUCGAGGAAGGUGAUUUGAAUGUUGGCGAGAAUGUUACGAUCGAAAGCAGUAACGGCAAGUCACCGAAGAAACCCCCGUUUACCUACACAGAGCUGAUAGAGUACGCUCUGGAAGAGCAGGGCGAUCUAACUGUUGCAGCUAUUUACCAGUGGAUCUCUGAUCACUUUCCGUACUACAAAUCGCAUGACGACCGUUGGAAGAACUCCGUACGCCAUAACCUGUCGAUAAAUCCACACUUCCGCAAGGGUCGCAAAUCGUCCCACGGUUCCGGCCACCUAUGGACAAUCUCUAGUCGCAACUCGGAGGAUAAUUUUCUCGCCUGGGAACAUGUACGUACCGUAUGCCGUAUCAAGCCAUCAAGGCACAGUCACCAUAAUGUUGCUUCCAUUUUCUUACCACAGAAAAAACAACGCUUCGAAUGGUUUUUCAAGAUGGAAGCGAAUGCGCGCAUGCGAGAAGUGGGAACGAAUGACACGAUGACGGAUGCGGAGGUUGCGGCGGCGACAGCCAGUUUGGCACAGUAUGUGCCGAAAUCUCCAACCACAGGCUCACCGGUGAAUCAGUGUCUGGAGACGUUAAAUUCUGGUGCUUCCGAAGCGCAUCGCCAGCAUAUGUCACAUGCAAUGCAGUCCCAGCAGCAGCAGCAACAGCACCAACAUCAACAACAUCAACAGCAGCAUCAUCACCAUCAUCAUCCGCAGCAGCAGAUAACUGCAACGUACCAUGAGGCCCAAACGUUGUACGCGGACAUCAUUACUAGUGCGCAGUUUAAGGUUACAACAAGAACGGAAGAGAUCAAGCAUCCGGACGAUGAUACCUUCAACGGUUUGCGACGUGGAGGCGACAUACAGAUCGAUCGUCCAACGCAAACGAUCCAGACGUACGAGAUGCUAGAUUCUGCGGAGUAUAAUAUUGCCGACUACCUGAACCCGGUGCCCAAGGAAGAAAUCGUGCAGGAGUGUGGACUACGAUCGGUAGCACUCGAUCCGGCCGAGCUCGGUAUCAACAUACCGUCCGCUACCGGACAGGAAGACGACAUACUGUUCGAUGACUUCAAUCUGAACUACUUCGGCAACAACAUCAUGACCUGACGACGUGCUCCAUCACAGCAACUGCAGCAGCAUCCACCAACCGUACUAGUUGCUCCCUUGCUCGAACCAGUCUUUGCACCCUGCCAUUCGUUACCGAUCGAUGGUACCGUGCAGCAGAUAGUCGCCAUGAUACCAACCAGCAUGGUCACGCCGACGGUUACCGUCAGUGCGUCACACGAACCAUUACCGGAGGACGAUUUACCGACCUAGUCUCGAUACGGCUCCCCUAUAGCAUCUAUGCACCAUACGUAACCUUCAAUCCAUCAUUUGAGGUUAGCAACACAGAUGGAAGAUAGUUGACGACGAGUACUAUAACCUUAUUAGUUUGUGCCAUACUCAAGCCCAUUAGUUUUAGCGUACUUGCGUUAAAGAAACUUUAGUAAAAAAAAUACUGUGUGUGCGUGUGUUGGAGUAAGUGUUUGUGUAUGCGCGUGUGUGUGUGCGAGUUUGUGUAAUUUGGUUGAGUUAUCAGGUAGAAAAGAGAGAAUACGAGUUUUUUUUCGCACGCGAAUCAAAUGCGACUUUUGGGUGUCAGACAUUUUCUAUGGAUUUGAGUCGAGGAGUUUAUGUCCCCAGAAUAAAAAAAACAAAACAAAUUAGCGAUUUUCCUUUCCGAAGCAAUUGUUUCCCUUCGUUUCGUGCUUACAGCAGCUGUUCGUUCUUCUAGUCAAAGUCACACAUUAUCUACAAACAAACAGACAAAACAAAAUGGUUGCUUCUAUCCGGAGGUAAACUAUAAUGGUGGCUUAACACACAGAACAAUCAACGUUCAUUCGGCGUUACCAAAGCACACGUCUAAAUUUGUAGAUUCUACUCUUGUGGUAAGAAAAAUAUCAAACGCAACAAAACCCAUUCGUGCCAUUGUAAUCACUCUGUCACAUCUUACCUUUUAACAACACUGUUUCGUAAUUACUGUUCCGGAUCGUAUUUCUACCGAGUUUAACUAUUAUUAAUACUACCUAGUGAAUCAACAAUCGAUACAACUUGUUUUAUAAAUAAAUGGCAUUAAAAGAAAGGCAAUGGUACCAACAAAUUAAUCAUUUCCUCCUGUAUUGGGUAAGCGUUUCUCAUUAUCUGUCAUCCGAUUUUUCUCGAAAUUUCUUCGUCAUGCAUACACCAUCGCGAAUUUUAUCAUUUGUCCAUAGACCAUUUUUGAGGAGGAAUACAAUAUAUAUAAAGAUUGUUCGUAGCUCUAAAGGGUGCUUGUUAGGGACGCGUGUGGUUUCAAUGAUUGCUCUACUCGGACUGGUUUAUUCUCUCUAAAUUUUGUUCUUAUUCUAGUUCUUCUUUGUUAUUCGUUAAUUCAAAGUUCAUUAUAGCAUCUCCCAUAACUUAGUAUAAAUGUAAACAUCCAACAUUCCGACCACCUAAAA